AUGAAUGAUAUAAAUCCAUCUAAAAUACAAAAUGAUUUUUUAAAAGUAAAUACUAGACAAUUAGAUAAAAUAUCAUUUUCACGUGGAAUAUCUCCAACAUUUAUUCAAUCACGUCAUUUUCAUUUUGACCAAUUAUCACGUGAUAAUCGUGAUCUUGGUCAUCCGUCAAUAUAUCAAUCUCAAAUUUCAUCACCUUAUUCUUAUAAAUAUAGUGGAAUUCGUACAUACUUAGCUGGAACAAAUCAAGAAGGAUGCCGUUUAAAAGAUAAUUAUUGUUCACAUGAUUAUCAAUGUUGUUCAGGUAAAUGUCGAUGUGUUAGAUGGUCGAUUAUGGGAAAAAUGUCUUGUUGGAAAAAAUGUUUCUAA